GCCCCAAACACCACGGACACCAUUACUACUAUAAAAACCUCUGCUUUAAAGCGACUGUGUUUGCUCCACCUUCAUUGGCGUCUAGAUUCUAACGUUUCCGCUUUAGCUGUACAAUAUCUCUUAAGGAUCCAAGGUUGGAACCCUAGUUUUGCCUAUUUAUUUAUUUAUCAUCGAAGAAAUUUGCUUUGGUCUUCAAGGAUACAAUAAUGGAGGCUCAUCUAGGGCAGAAAAAUAAGCAGGAGGAGUUCAGAGUCUCUAUCUCUAAGCUCUCUGCUUCUUCUCCUGAUGGUCCGUGUUUACCAGCAUUGGCUCGUUUCAGCAUCGAACCUCAAGGUGCACAGCUUCGAUUCCACCAAGAAUCAGAGUCAGGCGAUGAUAUCCUAAUUGAUCUUGGAACUGCUCAGCUAUUCAAGUUAAGCCCUGUCGAAUCAGUCUGCAUUGAAGAAAAUUGCUCAUCUAGUAAGGAUGAGAAAUCUUAUUCAAGGGGAAUCACCAUUCGAUUUAAAGUAGAGGAUGAAAGCAGGGCAUUCCAUCGGGCGUUUGAACAUUGGAAUACCGAAGCAGUUCAAGUGUCUUCUGGCGGAAGAUUGGAAAAUGGAAAACUUUUGGCUUGUAAAAGCAAGUUUGAUGAUAAAAUAGAGGCAUCUUCUGCCAAAAUGUACUUCCAUUACUAUGGCCAGCUACUUCAUCAACAAAAUAUGCUACAGGAUUAUGUGAGGACAGGAACCUAUUAUGCUGCAGUUGUUGAGAACCGUGCAGAUUUUAUUGGUCGUGUGGUGGUUGAUGUAGGUGCUGGUAGUGGCAUUCUGUCAUUAUUUGCCGCUCAGGUUGGUGCAAAGCAUGUUUAUGCUGUGGAAGCAUCUGAAAUGGCAGAAUAUGCACGCAGACUCAUUGCUGGGAAUCCAUCCUUGGCACAGAGGAUUACGGUCAUCAAAGGUAAAGUGGAGGAGGUUGAGUUGCCGGAGAAAGCAGAUAUUCUGAUCUCUGAGCCAAUGGGCACCUUGUUGGUUAAUGAAAGGAUGCUGGAGUCGUAUGUGAUUGCAAGAGAUCGUUUCCUUCAUCCUAGCGGAAAAAUGUUCCCUACAAUUGGAAGGAUACACAUGGCACCAUUUAGCGAUGAAUAUUUAUACGUUGAAGUUGCAAAUAAGGCCCUGUUUUGGCAGCAACAAAAUUAUUAUGGGGUUGACCUUACUCCCUUAUACGGAUCUGCAUUUCAAGGAUACUUUUCUCAGCCUGUGGUGGAUGCUUUUGAUCCCAGAUUGUUGGUAGCUCCUCCUAUAUUCCAUACUAUAGAUUUUACUUCUGUGAAGGAGGAAGAACUGUAUGAAAUUGAAAUCCCACUGAGUUUCAUCGCCUCUGUGGGCACUAGAGUUCACGGACUGGCUUGCUGGUUUGAUGUUUUGUUUAACGGAAGUUCUGUACAAAGAUGGCUUACUACUGCUCCUGGUGCACCUACAACCCACUGGUACCAGCUACGCUGUGUUCUAUCUCAACCAAUAUAUGUCAUGGCUGGACAAGAAAUUACUGGACGACUCCGCAUGGUUGCCCACAAUGCUCAGAGCUAUACAAUGCACCUAACUAUGUCAGCUAAAAUGUGGGGCGCUGGUGCCGAACAAGGAGGAAUACUUCAGACAUCAUCAUGCAAACUUGAUCUUAAGGAGCCAUACUAUCGAAUGUCUCAGCCACAGACAUAUGCAUGGACCCAAGAUCAGCAACCUCAGCAGCUAAUACAGUCGCAGGAUGCUGUGGGGUCUGGCUUAGUGCAGCAACUGUCGCAGAAUUCCGGAGCUUCUUUGCCUCGUUGAUAGAGAAGAUCAGCAUCAACUCUUAAGGGGCUAACAAGUGGAGGUGGGACGUUUAGAGGGCAGGAGAUGGAUUUCGUUUUCGUACAAUAGAACGCAGAAUAAUGGCCCUCGUUUCUCUUCAAUACUUUUGUUUUUUAUUUUUUUGGUAGAAGUUUCUCUUCAAUACUAUGGGUUGAAAAUUAUAAUCAGGGGUCUAGCAAAAAAAAAUUAGGGAUCUAGAAACCAUUUUACUAUUAGUAUAUGUUUUUCUUUUUCCUCUUAUUGAAGAAAAAUAAUUACUAUGAACUGAAAAAAAAUUUAUCCCUUGCUAAAGGGAUAAGCAAUCUGGGUAGUAGGAAAAUUUGGUUGUGUUUCAACCUCGGUCCGUCAUGUGUAUUGGGAUUGUGAUAAAUUGUCUCAUCAUAUUGUGUGUUUUACCACAAUUUUAGUAUAUAUGGUAGGUUGAGAUUGAA